UCGUGAACUUGACGGGAGAGAGCAGCCGCAGCGACUGCAGAGGUGGGUGCCACGCUACGGGAGACAGAGCAGGAGAAAUUCCAAUGGGGAUCAAACUGUACUACACCACUGUCACCGCCUCUCGGACGGUGAAGUCUCAACAGGCACAGGUGAUGAGAAUCCUGGACAGUAAAAGUAUCGAGUAUGAAUUGAUUGAUAUUUCAACUGAUGGUGAACUCCGGGAGAAGAUGAGAACCAAAGCAGGAGACUCAGCGGCUGCCCCUCCCCAGCUUUUCAACGAGGACCAGUACUGUGGGAAUUAUGAAAUGUUUUCCAAUGCAGUGGAGGCAGAUACGGUGGAGCAGUUCCUGAAACUGGCGUGAAGAUCUCAGAGCUCACCCUUCGCGGCUUGACGUCUCUGUCGCCUCUGUCGCCACCAUUGACAAUGUCCGACCAUUUUCUAUGCCAUAAUGAAGGAUGCCAAAUGAUUGACGCUCACUUACACACACAUCUAAAAAGUGCACAGUUCCUCUCUUCAUCAGUAUUUGUUUGUUGAUGUGUAGCUUGGUUUGCGCCUGCUUUUGAAGAAGUGAUUUGGAAGUGGCUGUUUUAAUCGCAACACCCGACUAUUUACACAUUCUUACCAAGAGACAAAAUAGUUUUCUCUCAUUCUUCAUACAGUUUGUAUUUGUCGGCAUUCCCCUUUUUCUUCAUCAUUAUAAUGUGUCGUGCACCUGACGCUGUGCCUGCCAUGGCUUCAACCACACACCACCACCAUCUUGUGGCGAGAUGAUGUGUUACGUGUUAUUAUAGUAUGAGUUGAAACGUGGAAUUGCGAACGAAUGACUUUGCAGGAUGCUCGGUCCGUGUCUGUCGCCUCACACUUUUACUAACAGGCCAAACUUGACCAAGGUGAUUGGUAGCAUGUUGGGAACCAGCUGAAAAGCUCUGUUGUCAGCUGCAAACAGCACACUUUUUUCAUGUCAUCCCAUCACGUCCCCCAGGCGCAAACAUGGUUGGUAUCAGUUGGUAACCUUGAUCUAAGAAACUGCAAUACUAAUUAUUCAGUGGCCAGCAUCAUCAACACAAUUACUAAACCUUAGUUACACCUGUUCUGAUGCUCUGAUGACUAUAUAAACUCAAACACGUCACAUGACAGAUUCAGUUAAAUAACGAUACUUUUUCAACAUUCCAGCAAAAAUUGAUGAGCUCUUGGAAGCAGUCAUACACCAAUUGCCAGACAUGACGGUGUGAAUGUUGGUGGUGAUGUCAGAACGAUGGAUUUCAAUCAUGAAGCUUUUUCUGCAGCAUUCACCAGUCAAAGUCCUCAAGAUGCAGUGACAUGAUGUUGCAGCCACAAGCUGCCUCAUGCAAAGAUAUUUUAAUGGGACUUCAAGUCUUAAUAUAUGAUGUUAUGAUGUAAUUGUAAGCAUCCAUUCUACUUUGUUUUUGAAUUUCUUCGACUGUGGACCAACUCAAUACCUGAUAUGAGCCAGAUGCCUGAUUUUUCUGCACUGUUUCCUUUGUUGAUGGUUAAAGUAAUUGUACUUGUGACUUUUCCUGGACAUUCCGCGUCUCUAUUGGAACUCCCGUAUUGCUUUUGGGCCAAUUCACAUUGGCCAAAAUAAAAAGGAAAAUGUAACUGAAAAUGUAAAUGUAACUCACUUGUCUUCCAAGAAGAUUGUGAAAAGUGACAUAUGGGUUGAAAAUAAAAUUUG